ACCUGGGUUCCUCUCUCGGCGUGGCUUGGAGGAAACGCACUGCAGGAGCAGCAGGGUCUCUGUCCCUCUCCAUGGAAGGAUGUGGGUACCCACGGGACUGCGCCUGGCAUGGGGCACCCCAUGCAGCCAGGGCUGUCCCCUGUGCUGUAGGGACAGCCCCAGGCGGGGGAGGGCUGUGGGGAGGAGAGGUGGGACGGCCCUCACACCCAGGAAUGCAGCCAGAGGAAGCCAGAGGCUCAACCUGUCCUGGACGCCUUGAUUUGCCUGAGCCUGGCUCCAGUGGGAUGCCAGCUGCAGGAUGCCCUGUGCCCUGGGCAGCUGUGGUCUGUGCCAUGGGGGCCUGCAUGCUGCCCCAAGGAAGCCCCCAGCACGCUGUGUUCAGGGUGGCUACCCCAGCCAUUCCUGCACCCUGGCCAGGUGUCAGUGUCCCACCAUGCCCAGCGCUGGCAUCCGUCACCCUCCAGCAGCGCCGUGGCCACCCUGGGAUGUUUGUGGCCAUCCCGCCCACGGAGGGACACGGGAAUCAUAGAAUCACUAGGUUGGAAAAGACCUCUAGGAUAAUUGAGUCCAACCAUUCCUAUCUGCCACUAAACCACUGAGCACCUCGUCUACCCAUAUUUUAAAUACCUCCAAGGGUGGUGACUCCACCCCCUCCCUGGGCAGCCUCUGCCAGUGCCCAAUGACCCUGUCUGUGAAAAUUUUUUUCCUGAUAUCCAGCCUGACCCUCCCCUGCUGCAGCUUGAGGCUGUUCCCCCUUGUCCUGUCCCCGGUCACUUGGGAGAAGAGCCCAGCACCCUCCUGUCUAAAACCUUUCAGGUAGUUGUAAUAGAGAGCCAUAAGAUCUCCCCUCAGCCUCCUCUUCCCCAGGCUAAACAAUCCCGGUUCCCUCAACUGCUCCUCGUAAGACUUGUUCUUCAGCCCCUUCACCAGCUUCGUUGCUCUCCUCUGGACACGCUCCAGAACCUCAACAUCCUUCCUGUAGCGAGGGGCCCAGAACUGAACCCAGGAUUCGAGGUGCGGUCUCAACAGUGCCGAGUACAGGGGCAGAAUAACCUCCCUGGAGCUGCUGAUCACACUGUUUCUGAUACACACCAAGAUGCCAUUGGCUUUCUUGGCCACCUGGGCACACUGCUGGCUCAUGUUCAGUCAGCUGUCAAUCAACACCCCCAGGUCCUUCUCCUCCGGGCAGCUUUCUAGCCACUCUUCCCCUAGGAAGGGAGAGAAGAGCCAGCUCCUGCCCUGGCAUCCUGGGGAGCAGGGCCGGGGCAGCGGUGCCAUGGCAGAAGAGUUGUGUCCCAUGCCACAGAGCUGGGUCCUGGGGCACUGUGCGCCAGAGGGGCUUGUUGGGAUGCAGGCUUGCCCCACCGCGAACCCUCUCACCCUGCUGGGGUGAGCCGACAGUUCCUGCCCCACCGGCAACGCACACUGUAAUUAACGCGGGCAGGGCAGAAACACCGGUGAUAAUUGGUGGUGACUCGUUAGCAGUGGAGUGCCAUGUGCCCAGGGCGCGGCAGGACUUACCGGCAGGGCUGGUCUGCGAGGCCAGCUGGAAUCCUGGGGUGCCGUGUGGCCGUGCGGGGUACGGCUGGCUCCCUGCUGCCGGAGCGGGGACGGGGUUGGGUGCGGGUGCGGGGGCGAGCACCGUCAUCGCCUUUGCUUCAUGCCGCAACAUGCCCCGGCUCCGCCAAGCACUCCUAAAAGGCAUGACUGCGGGCUGGUGUCAGGAUGCUGCCGGAACAGACGGUGAGAGCGCCAGGACGGAGGGGCGGGUGCCUGUGCCACCAUGAACCGGAUUACCGUGUACGAGCGAGCCAACUUCGAGGGGCUGAGCCGGGAAUUCACCUGCGAUGUGCCUGACUUGCACGAACUGGAUUUCGGGGACUGCAUUGCCUCCCUGAAGGUGGUGGGGCAGCCCUGGAUUGCCUACACAGACCCUAAGUAUGAGGGUGCGCCACACGUCUUUGAGGAGGGCGAGUACCCCUCCGUGGAGAGACCCAACAGCUUCUCGGCACUGCGCCUUGUGCACCAUGACCUGGGGGAUCCCCAAAUCACCCUCUACGAGCGUCCCAACUUCCAGGGUGCCUGCAAGGUGGUGACAGAGGAAACCAACUUGGCAUAUGGGUACUUCAAUGACCGGGUGGCCUCUCAUGUGGUGCAGCGAGGUGUCUGGCUGCUCUACCAGCACCCCAGCCGGGGCGGUUGGCACUGUCUGGCAUGGCCCGGUGAGCGUCUUGCUGACUACAAAACUGAGCUGAACUUCCAGGCUCGAUUGUCCCAUCUGCGCCCGCUGCAGCCCGGGCGGCCGCUGGUCUCAGCACGUCUCCUCUGGGAACAGAAGCGGGUGGAGGAAGAGCGGGAAGUGCUGGUGGAUGAAAUAGAGGGGGUGAAUGAGACAGAGUCGGAGCAGAUGCUGGCAGCCAGCAGCAGCCGGGAGUACACCACCACACUUUGGCAGAGCUUCCACUUCAGCAACGCCACCAGCCUCAAAGCAGGGCUCUCCUUCACACUGACUGUGGAGGCUUCCAAUGUCUUCACAGUGCAGAAAGGGCGCAGCGAAUCCAGCACCCGCAGGGAACGCGUGGAGGUGCAGCUUCCAGCUAAAAUCCCCCCGCACACGGCACUCAGCAUCCAGGUCUUGCGGAAGGAGGUGACGCUCUCCGUCCCAGUCCUGCUCACCAUCACCCAAAAUGAAGCCGUUCGUAAGGAGAUGGGCGAAUACCGCAGUGUUUCGGGUACCAACAUCAGCGCUCGCUAUUGCUUGAAGCCUCUGCCGGCGGCAGGCAGGGAGCAGGCAGCUACUGAGGGGACAGAGCCGGUGUCCAGCUCUCAGACAGAGCCAUAGCCUGGUCUCCUAGGUGGUGCGGGACUGCUGGGGACAACAGUGACUCUGGCUGCCAGGACCCGAUGGUUCCUCCUCUCGCCGAGUGUUGCCAAUAAACCCCCUU